CUGAAAAUGUUGCCAUCAAUUAAUUUACUCUUUUAUAAUAGCAUACAUCUAGUAAAAUGGCUUAUAAGGAUAUAGUACCAAUUGGAUCUAGUUUGAUUAUCGCCGCGGCUUCUUUUGGAUUAGGGGCUGUUUACGGAAACUGGCCAUAUGAUUUGAAUACCCUUUUCAUUCAUGACCCCACUGGUAACAGUUUCAAUGUAUCAUUAGCUCAUUACAUGGUUUGGGCCAAUGCUCCAAACUACAUCCAUCACACUCUUCAUGCUGUGUUUGGGUUUGGUCUUCUUGGAUGUUUUAUUAAGUUGUACAAGCCUGAUGAAGAAGCCAAGUAUUUUGAAUAUGGAUCUCUUGGUCUUUUGAUGGUUUCCAUCAUUAUUUAUUUGACCAACCUUAGAACUGGUAUCAAUAGUUGUGUUGUUGGAAACUGGGGUGAUGUUGACAUGGCCACUGGUAUCAAUGUCAUGGCUGCCUCACAAAUCAUGAUUGUUUUGGCCUUGGUUGGUGUUUUAUUCUUACAAGGUGGAUUAUAUUAUGCUCAAUGGUAUGAUAACAAGAUUAAGGUUGAAUUUUAUGAAAGGGAAGCUGAACUUGCUGCUAAGGCCAGAGAAACUGCUGCUGCUUCUCCUUCUGCUACUGAAGUCAAAGUUGAUGUCACCAAGGUUGAACCUACAUCAAAGACAACCACCACUGGAUCUGCCAAGUCUAACUCCAAGGCUAAGAAGAGAACCAAAUAAGAC